GGACAUGUCUGGUGACGUUUGAGCCGACAUCGGGUCCUGUCUCCUCCGGAACAAUUCCUCCUCUUGCAUGCAGCACUGCAAUUGACUUUUCCCACUUGUCCAAAGACAUCAUCAUACUAAAUCUCGACAUUCGGGGAAACCAACUUCAUCACCAACACCUUGUCCCAACCCCGAAAGACAAAACCAUAGCCAUGGACCCUUCCGGACCAUCUCAGCCCUCGCAGCGCACGGCCUACGAGACCGAGGGCAACCCGGCCGAGACAAACCCAGGCGAGCAGCGCCGGGCAGCGCAAAAGGACGAUUUCCAGCAGCAGCACCGGCGCGACGACUUCCUCACCGAGGACCGCAAGCCGGGCACGAAGCAGCACUCGAGCACGGAGGACGCAGUGCCCUCGAGCCUCGGGUUCGGCGAGCGGGGCGCGCGCGUCCGGGGAGAGGAGACGAAGGGCCGGUCUGAGGAGGACGUCGGGCGCCACCGCGAGCUCGAGGGCGAGCAGAUGCGUGCUCCGGGAGAGGGCGACGUCGCGGACGCUGUGGAGCGGAAGCCCGGCGCUGGGCCCAAGGAGCCGGACUUUGCUAGUGACUUGGACAGGAAGAAGCAGGAACAGGCUGGCCUGAGGGAGGAGAUGAAGGCGGCGCGGCAGUCUGGCAUGAUCUCGGACGAGGCGGGCAUCGGACGGGGCACUGAGAGCCUGCGCGACGUUUGAAACGCUCAAAGCAAGUGCAAAAAGCCCUCAUCUUGUGUUGUACGAAGCAAGCUCGAAAAGAUUACUUACUGAAAUGGAUCCAUUGGCUCCGAUAUAAUUUUUUGGCCCGGCAUCAUGACC